AUGCCUCUUCACCAUCAAAGAGAUAUGCGAGGCGGCGACGGUGAGCACCUGCGACAUGGUUUACCUGGUGGAAAGCAAUCCUACCAAUAUCCACCCAGCAAUCUGCGAGACGUUGACGAAGAAUACGAGGCCAUGUCGCCAUCACCCGAGCUCAAAAGGCGUCGGUUCAACGCUGUGGGCCAUUAUCAGGCAGUGCCUUCUCCAGGUCCGUACACCGGCCAUCCUCUGUCGAGACAGCCUAGAUCGUCUCUAAGCAUGCCGGUGACACCGCCUGCCGCGGGUUACGGGCCGUUGCCAGGCCCGUCGGCACUCUCGAAGACUGGCCAUGGCGCCAUGGCGCCUCCCCCACGACCGCAUUCUCAUACAUAUGCUGGAUCGAGCCGCGGUUCGACGUUCGAUGAGAGCCUUCGUCUGCCGCCUUUGCAGACACAGAGUUCUCCUCCGCUCGGUAGAGAUGGUGACUCAAAUGAUCGCCCAAGCGCCCACCCUGCUACUGGCUUGGGAAUCGUCAAUGCAAGAGACGCCUAUGCGCAGAGUAUUGAGGCGAUGAUCAUGACGAUACCUUUCUUGAACAAGUUGAAGGUGUUGCAAAAGAUUAGCCCGACUUUGGCUCCGCCAGGACCAACUAGCCCGGAUAUUGAGACUCGAGGCGCGGUAAUCGCCGUUGAAGGGGCUGGCUCUCGGCAGCUGGAACAAGUAGGGGCAGUAAUACAUAAGUCUCUCCUCAGUUUGGGCGAGAUCGACUUGAAGAUAUGGAGCGAAGCGCCAAACACGCCGCUAUCAGCCACGUCGGCUGAAGAAGACGUCAAGAUGAACGACACCGCCUCAGUCGCUAUUAGCAGGAAGAGCAGCCAGUCGCAGCCGGGCUUGCAGGCAUCGGAAAUGUUUUCUAAUUACAUGCAAACCAUGAUGAAGUGGCAUGAGAGGUCGCGAGAGAUUGUUAAGCACAUCACCACCAAGCCAGGGUUAGGAACCGAUGGGCAUCUGCCAAGCCGGAGGGCAUCAGAGGGAGAGACUGUAGGAUCGAGGCAAAGUUCGAUUUCGGUGCCCGACUCAUCCAAAACACCCAUUGCUUUGCUCCCUGCGGGUUUUAGCUUGACCAUCUCAGACAAAUAUGCUUGCAUGAUACCUAUUUCGGACUCGUACGCUCCAGUUGACCACUGGCAGUGGAUGUCAACACUGUGGCGGGGCGUCAUUGGGCCAGACCUUGUCAUAUACGUCAAGACCGUAACGGAAGACGAGGCUACUCGAGGCGCUGUGGAGUUCAGAAGCCCCGGCAUCAUGUUGGUUAGAAUCGCGCACGGCAAACCGCUGGACGAGAAGGCCGAGCGACGCAUUUGUUUCGAAGUUAUUGAAUGGAUUCGAGGAGCCAGCUUUCAAGAGGGGUUUGGACGAGUCUAA